GAACGACUGAAACAUUUCGGCCUCCGCAGCUCCAUCCUGAUCCCCAAAAGUCAAUCCUGAGGUCGUCAACAGAUGUAGAUAUGGGCUCCCAUUUGUCAGGACCGAAGCUGGAAGCCGCCCAAGUAUAUAAAUCUCGUUCUUCGACAAUAAUAAUCAAUACCUGCGCAGUACUAUGUCUCUUCCUCCAUCUGACCAGGAGAAACAUCUGCCAUCUAUUGGAGAAAAGACUGACACUGACCAUGAGCAGAUAAAUCAACAAUUCGACUUGGAUCCAGUAGAUAUCGCUGCUCAUGCGCCGUCCCUGCGCGGUCGUAAGCUAACGGCUGCAGUGGCGUUUGUGGCAGGAACUGGAUUCACACUCCUUGGGUAUGACCAAGGCGUCAUGUCGUCACUAAUUACGGGUAAUCAGUUUGAGGCUUCCUUCCCUGAAGUCGUAGUAGAGGCCAGCCACCCCAAUCACGCAACUCUUCAGAGCUUCAUAAUUGCCAUUUAUGAAGUGGGCUGUCUCUUCGGUGCUCUGUCCAAUCUUUGGGUGGGAGAUAGGCUUGGUCGCCGUAGAACAAUUUUUUUAGGAGGCAGCAUAAUGAUGAUCGGGGCAAUUCUGCAAAUAACUGCGUUUUCUUUCGCACAGUUGACUUUUUCUCGUAUCCUCACAGGCUACGGAAAUGGUCUGAUAACAUCAACGGUGCCAACAUAUCAUGCAGAGCUCUCCCCUUCCGCAAAGAGGGGUCGAAUGAUCAUGAUGGAGGGGACUCUGAUUGUGGUUGGAGUAUCCAUUGCCUAUUGGGUUGAUUUAGCACUGUUCUUCGUGAAUUGGUCGUCUGCUCAGUGGAGAGUUCCGAUAGCUUUGCAGUUGGUGUUUGAAAUCAUUGUGGUGACGUGCAUUGGAUUCCUUCCCGAGUCACCGAGAUGGUUGGUGAAGCAUGGUCGGAAUGCAGAAGCGAUGGCCGUUAUAUCCGCAAUGGAAGACAAACCUCCCACUGAUCCAGAAGUUCAGCGCACGUACUACGGUAUUCGUGAAGCUGUUGCUGUCGAAACAUCUAGUCAAGGUUCAUUACGUGAACUCACUACCGGGGGUCGCAGUCAAAACUUCAGACGAACAGCCAUUGCUGUGGCAUGUCAGAUGAUGCAGCAGCUGACCGGAAUCAACCUCGUUACCUAUUACGCUACUAUUGUAUUCCAGCGUCUUGGUCUCUCCGAUGUCAACGCGCGGAUUACCGCUGCUGCCAACGGCACAGAAUAUUUCCUUGCUUCUUUUAUUGCUUAUUAUGCAAUAGACUAUGUUGGCAGGCGCCAACUCAUGCUGAUUGGAACAAUCGGCCAAUGCAUCGUGAUGCUGCUCUUGGCUAUCUUAGGAUAUAUUAACAAUAAGCCAGCGCAGAUUGCGAGCGUAGUCAUGUUAUUCGGCUUCAAUACGUUUUUUGCUAUUGGGUGGCUUGGAAUGGCCUGGUUAUACUGCGCUGAGCUUGCUGGGCUCAGAACCCGUGCACCAACAAAUGCACUAAGCACGGCGUCAAACUGGACUUUCAACUUUGUCGUCGUGAUGGUCGUUGGGCCAUCUUUUAACAACAUCUCCUGGAGAACCUACAUCGUUUUUGCAGCAUUGAAUGCAGCCAUUAUUCCAGUUGUUUACUUUUUCUUCCCCGAAACUGGCGGUCGGUCUUUAGAAGACCUCGACGUUGUGUUUGCGUUGGCGCACAUUACUGGUGAAGAUCCUGUCAAGGUUUCGCUUCGGAAAGAUAUCCCGCUUGCUGGAUCGCGAGAGGCGGACGAGAUUCUUGGUGUUAGCACAGGCGUUCAAUAUCAUCACGCGACAAAACCUUUGACGUCAUUCUCGUUAUCGAGUGAAACAAGGACACCGGUCUAGGUGCGAUGGUCACUGUUGGUUACGGUUGAGUUUGACGAAGGUUAGGUGUGUAGCUUCUAGAAUGCACAGAAAGUGUAUGUAUGCAUAAAGUACGGUAACCCGAGCUAGGGUAGAGGGGCGAGUUGAGUUAGUUGAGUCAGGCAUGUUUUCUAUGUAUGUAUUUCG